AUGACAGAUCCACAACCAUGCAGAAUAAAGGAUGAAGAUACUGAGGAACAAAUAGAUUUGAUGGAAGUGAAAGAGGAGAGUCAAGCUGAAGUGGACGAGAAACAUCAGAUUGUAAAAAUAAACCAUAAUGUUUCACAGAAAGAAACUCUGAAGACAGAAGACAUAAAGUCUGAAAAUAGUUUCAGAGAAGAUGAACGCCCUGCAGAUCACAAGAGGACUCACAGUGAGGAGAAACCUUUCACAUGUCAACAGUGUGGAAAGAGUUUCAGAAGAAGAGAUCACCUUAACACACACAUGAGGAUUCACACUGGAGAGAAACCAUUCACAUGCCAUCAGUGUAAAAAGAGUUUUACAACUGCAGGUGACCUUAAGAAACAUUCAAGAAUUCACACUGGGGAGAAACCUUUCAAGUGUCAACAGUGUGGAAAGGGUUUCACCUUUCAAACAGGCCUAACCCAGCACAUGAAAACUCACAAGGGGGAAAAGCCACACGCAUGCCAUCAUUGUAACAAGAGUUUUCCAUAUACAGCUGAACUUAAGAUACACAUGAGGUCUCACACAGGAGAGAAACCAUUUAAAUGCCAUCAUUGUGACACAAGUUUUCCAUAUACAGGUCAACUUAAGAAACACAUGAGAAUUCACACUGGAGAGAAACCUUACACUUGUCAUCUGUGUGGAAAGAGUUUCAGAACAAAAUCUGACAUUAAAGCACACAUGAGGGUUCACACUGGAGAGAAACCACAUCCGUGCCAUCAAUGUGGAAAGAGUUUUAUAACUGCAGGUAAACUUAAGAUACACAUGAGAAGUCACACUGGAGAGAAACCUUACACUUGUCAUCUGUGUGGAAAGAGUUUCAGAGUUAAAACUAACCUUAAGAUACAUGCAAGAAUUCACACUGAAGAGAAACCGUUCAAAUGCCAUGAGUGUGAAAAAUGUUUCAGAAGUAAGAGUUGCCUUAUAGCACACAUGAAAAUUCACACAGGAGAGAAAUCUAACGCAUGUAUUCAGUGUGGAAAGUGUUUCAGUAUGGAGUUUCACCUUAAGAGACACAUGAUGAUUCACAGUGAAAAGAAACCUCACGCAUGUCCUCAGUGUGAAAAGAGUUUCAUAGAUAAACGUGGACUUGAGGCUCACAUGAGAAGUCACACAGGAGAGAAACCUUACAUAUGCUCUCAGUGUGAAAAGAGUUUUACAAGUGAAGGCACUCUUAGAUCACACAUGAUAGUUCACAGAGGAGAGAAACCGUUCACAUGUCAACAGUGUGGAAAGAGUUUCAAAAUGUAUCGUGAGAUUCGUGACCUUAGAAGACACAUGAUAAUUCACACAGAAGAGAAACCAUACGUGUGUCAUCAGUGUGGAAAGAGUUUCAGGACAAAACCAAAUCUUAAAGCACAUUUGAUCACUCACACUAAAGAGAAACCGUUCACAUGCCAUGAGUGUAAAAAGAGUUUAAAAACAAAAGCUAACCUUAACAAACACAUGAGAAUCCACACUCGAUAGAAACCAUUCAUGUGUCAACAGUGUGGAUAUGGCAACAAAGUUUAGAAAUCAGCUGGGGUCUUAUUUAUAAAACUGUCUGGAGGAUCCUUACUAAAAGUCUACAUGUGCACAAAAGCCAAAAAUGGCGUACAGCAAAAUAGAUUCAGGCCGUUUCUCAAUAUGCCUUCCUGUCUGUACUUGUGAAACGUCAUUAGUUGCCCAAGUACAUAACAUCCCCGGAUGUGUUAUUGAUCUGCUCAUUUUAUUGAGGAUGCAUCAGGAGGUGACUUAUGUGGACUUAAGACUUCAAUGUUUCUCAGAAUGCAUUUCACGUCAACGGCAAUGAAGUUUAAAACCGGCACAAUAUUUGAAAUAUUGCUCUUUCUGUGUAAAAUGUAGCUGUUUGUCAAGAAUAUAGAUGAAUAAACUUUAAAUUUGUGGUCAGUUAUUAAAAAUAGCGCCUAAAUUAACAUUUCCUAUGAUGAUUUUGGAUAUGUGAGUUCAAGUUGAUCA